GCCGUGUUGAACCUACUUCAGCUGACUAUUAUAUGGGUGUCUAGGUUUGAAAAAUCACUCUAUGACCUUAUCAAAGGUCUUCGAAACCAUAAAGGUGGGGAGGAUGACUAUAUCCAAAGUUGUCUGCGGGAAUGUAAGGCGGAGAUCAAGACACAGGACAUGGGUAUGCUUCGUUCCUUCCCCUCAUCAUCUCUCAAAAUACUGAACUGGGAUAUAGACAAAAAGGCCACAGCGCUCCUGAAACUUAUUUAUCUGGAAAUGUUUGGAUAUGAUAUGUCAUGGGCCUCUUUCCAUGUGCUAGAGGUCAUGUCGUCCGCCAAAUACCUACAGAAGAGAGUUGGCUACCUUGGAGCAGUGCAAAGCUUCCGCUCAGAUACAGAAGUCUUGAUGCUGGCGACCAAUCUGUUGAAGAAGGCUCGUAGUGACAUCGGAUCCUCCAAUGUUCCCAACAUGUCCCUUCCCCUGAUUACCCUACCGCAUAUCAUUACACCGUCUUUAGCGAUGUCCUUGCUUCCUGAUAUACUCUCCCGCCUCUCGCAUUCAAACGCCACAGUGCGCAAGAAGACAAUUGUCUGUCUCUAUCGGUUUGCCUUGGUAUAUCCUGAGGCUUUAAAGCUUUCGUGGCCCAAAAUCAAGGACCAUCUGAUGGACGAUCAAGAAGAUAGUAGUGUCACAACAACGGCAAUUAAUGUGGUCUGCGAGCUGGGCUGGCGACGACCUCAUGAUUUCCUUCCCCUGGCACCCAGAUUCUUUGAGCUUCUUGUGGAUAGUGGCAAUAAUUGGAUGGCCAUCAAAAUCAUCAAAUUGUUUGCGACUUUGACCCCGCUAGAGCCACGACUAACCCGGAAGCUCCUGCGGCCAUUGACCAACCUGAUUCAGACUACUACCGCCAUGUCUCUACUCUAUGAGUGCAUCAAUGGCAUCAUUCAAGGAGGUAUCCUGGACGGCGAAGAAAGCCUUCAAGAAAGGGACGAAGUUGCAACACUUUGCGUUGGUAAAUUACGUGGCAUGAUUGUCAUAGACGCGGAUCCCAAUCUCAAAUACGUUGCCCUGCUUGCCCUGAAUCGAAUUGUCACGACGCAUCCCAUCUUAGUUUCUAUGCAGCAGGAUGUCAUCAUGGACUGUCUGGAUGACCCAGAUAUUUCCAUUCGGUUACAGGCAUUAGAGCUAGCUGCUGGAAUGGUCAGCGCAGAUACAGUUCAGCCAGUAAUCAGCCGUCUCCUUGAUCAGCUGCAACAGGCCUCUGUCUCAAGUCCACGGGAUACAUCAAAUUUCGAGGGUGCUGCAUCUGCUCACCCUGAAAGCAGAGGCUCUGAAGGGGAGAACGCCCGUGGCCUCGGGACAGACAACACUGCUGCCUUGCCCAACGAGUAUCGAAUCGAGGUUAUCCAUCGGAUCCUGGAUAUUUGUUCACAAGAUAAUUACUCUGAGGUCGUCGAUUUUGAAUGGUAUGUCGGUGUUUUAGUGCAGCUCGUGGGCCUCCUUCCACCGUCAGAGCCAGAGGAUUGGCAGGGCCAUCAUACAAGCCACACGGUGUCAAACUCGAGAACAAACGUUGCUUUUCGAAUAGGGUCCGAGAUUCGCAACGUUGCUAUCCGUGUCAAGGGGGUACGCCUGGAAGCCACCAGGGCCGCCGAAUCCCUCAUGCUUACCGGCAGCCGAUCAUGCUUCUUCCCUGUCAGUUCGAAUGUCGGCGACGGUGUUCUGGGACCCGUCGCUUGGGUAGUCGGCGAAUAUGCCGAACAUCUCCUAUCCCCUAUUCGGACCCUGCAGUCGUUGAUUGACAGUUCUAAUGUUUCCCUGCCCCCGAAAACACUUUCCUUGUUUCUACAGGCAAUCCCAAAGGUAUUUGUUCAGGUGAGUCGGGGUGGCUCGCUUGGGAAUCCAUGGAAGAGUGAAAUGUCUCUCUUGCUGGCCCGAGUGGUGGAAUUUCUCGAAACGCUGGCAGCCCAUCCGGAUUUGGAUGUGCAAGAACGAGCCAUCGAGUUCCUCGAGAUCCUCCGACUGGCGGCAGAGGCGAUGCAUUCUGAAACAGAGGACAUCCCGUUUCUUCUCGCCUCGAUAAUACCAAGUCUAUUCAUGGGGCUGGAGCUGAACCCCGUCGCAGUCGGCGCUCAAAAGAAGAUCGUCUUGCCUCUGAGUCUGCACCUGAAUGAGGCAUUCAAUGAUGAUCUGCCUAGCCUGUUCCGCGGGUUGGACAGCUCCUCCCUCGAGUCCAGCCAUCAUGAUGUUUGGCAAUUUUACUACACCCCGGAAAGCACUGCAGAGUCAAACAAAGAGUCACGCGAGGUUGGACUAGCUGAUGCACACCUCCAUUCAUCAUCCUACCAGAACUUUCCUGGUGGUUCGAGCAAUUCUUUUCGUGGGAUUGAGAGACGAAGGAUGGAACGCAGAGAACGCUUCCGGGAUGAUCCUUUCUAUAUUGCUCCUUCCGAUGGGUCUUCUGGCACGUCUACGCCAUUCCAUGAGGUGCUCAAUACAUCCAAUGGCGAUGGCUUAGACAUCGAUUCUAUUCCCAUUGUUGACCUAAAAUUGGACAAUGAGCCACCGGGACUCCUAGGUCGGGACCUGCUGGGCUCUCACGAGAGCCGCCAAGUCCGACCGAGAAAAAUGGAGGUGACUGCAGACGAAACAUUUGGGUCCGAAAACCCGCCGGGCGAUUCUCUGCCUGGGGUGGAGUCUACCGGCUUGAAGCGUUCUUUACUUCAGGUUGACUCGAGUGGGCUCGGGCACUUUUCUUUGGGACGAGACCGAGACGUGGCCGUGUCCGGGGAUGAGGGUGAGACCGAAAUGAUGAAGGCCAUGCAGCGGGUGGAGGAGGUACGAUUACGGAUGCAAAGAGCGUCGGAGCGGAUCCAACUGGAAGGGACCCCGGCAGAAGGAACGCUUGUGAAGAGAAAGAAGAAGGGGAAGAAACAAAAGGAUGUUGGUCCCGAGGACGGGCAGCUCACUCAGAUUGUGAAGAAGAAGAAAAAGAAAGCCGCUGGGAAAGUUCCCGAGGUUGACCCGUCUGGUCCCACGGGAAGCGAGUGA